UCCAAAAAUAUGCCACCCCCACCGCAGGCGUAUUUGGUGAAAGAUCUCUACCAGAAGAAACGUGAAGAAGCUGAACGCCGACGAGAGGAAGAGGAACGCAAACGACGUGAAUUCCAUUCAAGACCCGUGCCAAAUUUCAAUGCCCAUCAUCAACUAAUGGAAAAACGGAAACCAGCACAUGCCUUUACAGUGGCGGUGACUCCAAAAGUUCUGAAAAAAUCCAAAGAGGCCGAAGAGAAACGAAGACAAAGGCUGGAAGAAUGGAAACAAAAAAAUCAACCUCCCAAAUUUGAAUCACGACCACCAACUGUCCUCAAAGAGAAACCUUUUGUCCCGGAAAAGAAACCAUUGGUCAUCCAGCAGUGUCCAUUUAAAUUGCACACCGAAAAACGUUUAGCCGAACGUAAACAUUACGAUGAGGCAAAACAUAAAGCGCUCGAGGAAAAACGAAAACAGGUAGAAAUUGAGGAAGAAGAACGCAAAAGGCGUGAAGAGGAGCGCAUACGUGAACUAAGAAAAGCUGCUACAUUUAAAGCACGACCAAAUCCCUUUAGACACUAAGAUAUUAUUCGUUUAUUAUU